GUCAAUUUGUGCUUGUCAUUUCGUAAACGUCAAUAUUUAGAAGAAUGAUUUUUACGUAAAAUAAUGUGUUAAAAUCGCGUAUACUCCCCCGGUCAAUUAGAAUAACUAACGAAUAAAAUAUCAUUAAUUGUAAUGCACAAUUAGUAAAAUCCGAGUCAUGGCUGAUUUGAUUCGUACGAAUAGCGGACAUCACAAUACUGGUAUACAAAGAGAUAAACUCGGCUCACCUAGCACAGGAAGUGAUGAUGGAAACGAACCAGAGACCCAAGGACCUAUUAAACCGGAACAAGAAGAGCCCGAUCUCGGAGACAGCGCUCAUUACGCACCUUCAGAAACCCGUUGGUACCAUGGCCGGUUAGACAGAUUUCAGGCCGAAGAAAGGCUGUGGCAAUGCAACAAACUGGGAUCUUAUUUGGUCAGGGAAAGCGACAGAAAACCCGGCAGUUACGUUCUGUCUUACUUGGGUAGAACGGGGAUGAAUCAUUUUAGAAUAACUGCAGUCUGCGGUGACUUUUACAUCGGUGGACGUCAGUUCGUUUCUUUGAACGAUCUGGUGGGAUAUUACACUGAAUGCAGCGAUUUGUUGAAGAGGGAGAGGCUGGUGCAUCCCGUUGCACCGCCCGAGCCGGUCAACGAUAAAAAAAGAGUCGUUGCUAUAUUACCGUAUACAAAAAUGCCCGAUACUGAUGAAUUGACGUUCAAAAAAGGCGAUAUUUUUUUUGUCCACAACGAUAUGGGUAACGGGUGGUUGUGGGUAACGGCUCACAGAACGGGAGAACAAGGGAUGAUAUUUAGAGAAUUAGUGGAAGACUUGGAUGAUAGUAUCGAUCCCAACACGGUAUUUCCUUGGUUUCAUCCGAAUUGCACCAAAAAUGAAGCCGUCGAUCUCCUCGUCAAAGCCGGUCCUGGUAGUUUCUUAGUAAGACCAAGUGAUAACUCUCCCGGGGAUUAUUCUUUAUUCUUCCAUAUCAACAAUCAAAUUCAACGAUUUAGAAUCGAAAAGAAAGGCGUUAGAUACCUUAUGGGCGGUAGAAUAUUUGAAUGUUUAGACGCAGUCAUUAAUAGGUAUAGAAAGGAACAAAUCGUGGAAGGAUAUACUCUUCAACAUCCUCUCGUCGUCGACGGCUCGAAGGAAUUAGAAUGGGUGCCGGAAAAUCAAAAGGCCAAAUCCGAAGCGGAAAAAAUCUACGCCACUCUGAGAGAAUGCAGAGACCAAGCGGGCUUGAAGAAAAUGAGAGGCAUCAAACACCAAGGCUACCUGCACAAAAAGUCUGACAAGGCCGCCAAGAAAUGGAAAUUGCUCUAUUUCGUUUUGUUGGUCGACGGCACCGACACCCACCUCUAUUUAUACGAGAAUCCGAAACGGACGAAACCGAAAGGCUUAAUCGACUUAUCCUGUACUUAUUUGUACCAGGUUCACGAUAGUCUUUGGGAACGAUCGCACUGUUUGCAACUAGUCGAACGCGCCUUACCUUGCCUGGCGACCGUAACUCACCUGGCAGCUCGCUCCACCGAAGACUGCCAAGAGUGGAUCAACGCCUUGAAACCGCUGUGCACGCCGCAGCUCAGCAAAGCGACGUCCAAAGUGCCGCGAUUAAGGGAGCUCAGGUGUUUGACGUUGCACGUUAUAGACGCCCAUCGUUUACCAUAUAAAUUACUGCCUCAACCGUACGUUACCGUUCAGCUCAAUCAAAUCAGAGUGGCCAGGACGCGGACCAAAUCGGGACCGGAUCCCGUUUGGGACGAGGAAUUCGCUUUCGACGACGUGCCGUGCGAUAUCGUCUCGUUUACGUUGACUGUAUAUAACAAGGGAAAGAAGGGAAAAGACCAAGAAAUCGCCGAGCUCACCGUCGAGCUGUCCGCUUUGGGUAACGGUAAAGAAAUGGAAGAAUGGUAUUCGCUCUCCGGUAUCACUCCUAUGGGUGAAUGGGGUUCGUUGCGGUUGAAAACGAGAUACUUACACGACCUCGUUAUGCCGGCCGAGGAGUACAGCCCGUUGCAGCAGUUGCUGUUAGAACAAGGAUUGAAUUCGGUGAAAAUUUUAGCGGAAAUUUGUCACUCCGACAGAGCGCCAUUGGCCACAGCUCUGUUGAGAGUAUUUAGAGCGGAGGGAAGAGAAACCGAAUUGCUCAGGGAAUUAAAUACAGCAGAGAUAUUAAGGGAAACCGAGACGCCGACGUUGUUCAGGGCGGCUUCAUUGGCGACCACGUUGAUGGAUCUGUACAUGAAAGCGGAGUGCGGAGGGUUCUUACAAGCGGCCGUUUUGGAAACGGUGCUGAGGUUGUUGGAAAGCAAACAAAGCGCCGAAUUGAAUCCGGCUAAAAUGGAGUCUUUGGACGAUGCUUGCAACAACGCUGAAUUUUUAUUGCAAAUAUUAGAUCAGGUAACCCUCAGUAUAUUCAUGUCGCCGGAUGCGUGCCCUCGAUCUGUGAGGUACAUUUGCGGGUGUCUUCAGAAGGCUGUGGUGGCCAAAUGGCCGGACGAGCGGUUCGUUCGAACGCGAGUAGUGUCGGGUUUCAUAUUCCUGCGACUGUUGUGUCCGGCGUUGCUGAAUCCGAGACAGUUUGGGUUAGUAAGCGAACAACCGUCGCCGUCGGCGACCAGGAGUUUGGUGAUGGUCGCGAAAUGUCUGCAGAAUUUGGCGAAUUUGGUGGAGUUUGGUGGAAAGGAACAAUACAUGGAAGUCGUGAAUCCUUUUAUACUGAAAAACAAGGAAAGGAUGGUGGUGUUUUUAGAUCAGCUAUCGAUGGCUGGUGAUCCGGGUGAGCCUCGGAUACUGUCGAAACCAGACACUGCCAAAGAACUAGCCACUUUGCACCAUAUUUGCGUCGCUUAUCUUCCGGAACUGCAAGCCGUGGCGAAGCAAAAUUCGAACAUCAAAACACUGGUAACGGUGACGGAAAUGUUGGCGAAACACAAACAGAAAUAUUCGGAGAUGAUCAGAUAGUAGUUUGGAGGUGAACGUUUUCAUCUCUGUUCGGUAACGGUUUUGGUUUGAAUUUUAGGUAUUGUUUCCCGUUUCUACAGGGUUUUAUUUUUAUUUUUCUAAAUUAAGUACAAUAGCUAGAGUGGGACAAUUAUGACCCUUUUCAUUUUUGGUUUCGAGUAAAGGCAGUAUUUGAUUGACAAUCAAGAAAAAAGAAUACAUAAUGAACACGACUUCCUAAAGUGCCAUUAAACCGACAUUUUCAAUAGGACAAAAAUUAUUUUUCAUGGUUUACUGCCUAGUGAUCUUGAAACCGUUUCAAUACUCAGUUUCGUUAAAAUUGAAUUUUCAUAAAUGAAAAAUUAGACUGCUUUUUGUAUUUUGUUUUUAUAAGACUGGUACUCUUAAGUCAAGUAGGUUUAUUGGGUUAGUAUGUGUUUUUAUAUUCUACGUAGCUUCUUAAGAACCUAAAUGUUU